AUGGGGACGGAGCCCACAGAGCAGGUUUUCUGGGACACCUACUCCGGGGAUGAGGAGGAGGCAUAUUCGGCUGAGCCAUUGCCAGAGCUCUGCUACAAGGCAGAUGUCCAGGCUUUCAGUAGGGUCUUCCAACCUAGUGUCUCUAUGACCGUAGCUGUGCUGGGUCUGGCGGGCAACGGCCUGGUCCUGACCACCCAUCUGACAGCCCGGCGCACUGCCCGCUCGUCCACCUCCGCUCACCUGCUCCAGCUGGCCCUGGCCGACCUCCUAUUGGCCCUGACACUGCCCUUUGCCGCAGCGGGGGCACUUCAGGGCUGGAGUCUAGGAAGUGCCACCUGCCGCACUAUCUCGGGCCUCUACUCGGCCUCGUUCCACGCCGGCUUCCUCUUCCUGGCCUGUAUCAGCGCUGACCGCUACGUGGCCAUCACCCGGGCUCUGCCAACCGGACAGCGACCUUCCACCCCUGGCCGUGCACACUUGGUCUCAGUCUUCGUGUGGCUGUUGUCCCUGCUCCUGGCACUACCUGCGCUCCUCUUCAGCCGGGAUGGGCAUCGAGAAGGCCAGCGCCGAUGUCGCCUCGUCUUCCCCGAAGGCCUCACGCAAACGGUGAAGGGGGCCAGCGCCGUGGCGCAGGUGGUCCUGGGCUUCGCGCUGCCCCUGGGAGUCAUGGCAGCCUGCUAUGCGCUCCUGGGCCGCACGCUGCUGGCCGCCAGGGGGCCCGAGCGGCGGCGCGCGCUGCGCGUGGUGGUGGCUCUGGUGGCGGCCUUCGUGGUGCUGCAGUUACCCUACAGCCUCACCCUGCUGCUGGACACCGCCGAUCUCCUGGCAGCCCGAGAGCGGAGCUGCCCUGCCAGCAAACGCAAAGAUCUGGCACUGCUGGUCACCGGCGGCUUGGCCCUGGCCCGCUGCAGCCUCAAUCCCGUGCUGUACGCCUUCCUGGGCCUGAGAUUCCGCCAGGACCUGCGGAGAUUGCUGCGAGGUGGGGGCUGCAGCCCAAGGCCCAACCCUCGCGGCCGCUGUCCCCGCCGCCGGCCCCGCCUUUCUUCCUGCUCGGGCCCGACGGAGACGACCCGCAGUCUCUCCUGGGACUAGGACUACGA